CCUUGUUGCAGGCAAAGGAUGGCUCCUCUCCCUGGUGCAGAACUAGUCAAGAGGCCGCUGCAGCUGUACCGCUACCUGCUCCGUUGCUGCAAGGAAUUGCCUGGGGGAAACGUCCGGGAGCACUACAGGCAUGCUGUCAGGCAGAGCUUCAGAGUUCACGCAGAUGAAGACAAUCCUGAGAGAAUCCAGCAGAUUAUUAGGAGAGCCAUUGAAGAUGCCGACUGGGUGAUGGAGAAAUAUAAAAAACAGAAGUAGAGGGAG